CGACUCGAUUGUUCUAAGGGACACAGGAGGCAUAUCGUUGCUGCAAGAGACACACUUCCUACAUCAUCGCUGACCAUAUGGGCCGACCUCAGCUCAUAAGAGCUUGCGUUGGACGGAACUGCAUACUCCUUAGACUUCUCGUCGUUGACUAUGAGCGGAUCCAAUGAGAUGGCUCAAUUUCUUUCGCCUUCGUCUCUCCCCGUUGACGACUUCUUCCUUCGACAACAUGAGGUGGAUCAUAGUGAAGAGAUUCCUCACGAAGAUAACGAAACAAUCUACACACUUUGCUCACAACAGUCGUCAUCGAACCUGACUGCGUCCGACUUACCUGGUCCUGGAAGGACACUUGGACUCUUAUACUCGCGAUGGGGACGUGCUCUCGAGGCUUCUGUCGGCCGCCUCGCACACCGAAGUGGAUUUGGACCCGACGCAGUGGCUUCCAGGAUUGGAAGUGUAACGUUUAGGGGCAUGUGGGUUAGAAGAGACGUUAAACCGGACGAUACAGGAUGCCUUCGGCGAGUCAUCAAUUGGGCCGUGAGCGACGGAAACGAGCCAAAGCUCCGUUCAGACUGCCAGAAGCUUGCAGCGUACGCAACCGCGGAGGUAUCGCAGACAAGACUGCAAGCACUGCUUCAAAUCAUUCAAUUAAUCACAGCGCAACCACGUUUACGCACAUUCUUCAACACACCAUCGAUCGUUCUGAAUUUGAGGACAACUAUACGAUCAUCGUACAUAUCUAGUGAUGGAUCAGUGCGUUGGAAAGAGGAACUCAGGAGACAUCAAGAUACGACGUUCCUCGCAAAACAAGCACUGCUUGCCAUCGAGGACACUCCCCUGAAUGACAUUAUUGACGACAUUUCGCAACUACCUUUCAUACGAGACGAAGACUCUUAUGGUCUUGCUCGCAAAUAUAUGGAUAUCGUAAAGGAGCUUCUUGGAUACUGUUGCAAGCCUCGUUAUAUGUUCAUAGCGAAACGUCACUUGUGCAGCGUGCUGAACUUCUUACCUGGGAGAGCAAUACGUGAAGUUUCGUCUGUGCUUUCUAUUUUCCUCGAACAAGUAGUCAGACAUGCACUCCGUUUCGAUCAAUCGCCUCCGUCAACUGAGGCUAUGUUCGACCUGGAAAAUACAGAACAUUUGGUAGUGGUACUUCUUCCUCGUUUUCGCGCAAUCCAUUCCUUCGACCUGCAUCGUGAACUUCAUUUAAACCCCCUUGAUGAUCCCGCACUCUGCCGCUGUACGAGGAACGAGGAUCCAAGACAUGAUGUACAAGGCCUAUUGGCCCUUCUUCAGACUGCGACGGCUCAAAGAAUUCUACCAAGGGCUUCAGCUAUCGCUAGGAAUGACUGGCAGUCAGGGAAUUGAUGACGCUAACUGAAAUCGUGACCUAUCAACGGCCUCUCCAGCUGGCACUCGUCUCGCACAUACGUUCACACGUGUCGUCUUGCCUUGUAGACCUAAUGAAGGUCUACCACGGAGUCCGCGACAAAUUUUCUGCCAAUAGAGACAUACUGGACAGAUACCCUUCGGAACACGUUGUCAAGAGUCGGUUUCUGAUUGACGGUGUCUUGCUACAUUACAUCUUGAGGGCACGCAUGGUCGAGGCUUGCAAUGUCCAAGGUACGAAUCCGUUGCAACGAAACGUUUCCGUAAGGUGCAAAGGAAAUCUGCCGGGGUUAUUACCCAUACCUCAUUGGGUUCUCCUACCUUUGCCCCUCGCGCAGGACAAGCCUCAUGGUUUGUGUGUAGAUACGCCCUAUGGCAAUUGCCGGAGCAUGACACGCAUAGUCGUUCAGACAUGCUCGUGUGAUGACAGUUCAAGCGGCUCUUACACAGCGGUCGUGUGUCGUCUCCAUGACGAGCGAGAAAUUAGCUAUUCAUCGACAAGGAUGGUCGUUUAACGGCACAAGGGCGACUGGAUUACGCCUGUCCAUUAGACUUUGUAUUAAACUAUGUG